AGGUCAGCGUGUGAAGGAGGCGCUAGCAACGCGGGGGUUACCCGCUGUUAUUGAGGAGCAACGGCCCAGCGGACCACCCAGACUCGAGAAAGCGGCGGGAACCACUCGGUUUGCUGAGAUACCAUGGAAGGAGGCGGGGGAAGCGGCAACAAAACCACAGGGGGAUUGGCCGGCUUUUUCGGAGCCGGCGGAGCAGGUUACUCGCACGCGGAUUUGGCUGGCGUCCCGCUAACUGGUAUGAACCCUCUGUCUCCUUAUUUAAAUGUGGAUCCGCGAUACCUCGUGCAGGAUACAGAUGAGUUUAUUUUACCUACUGGAGCUAAUAAAACCCGGGGCAGAUUUGAGCUGGCCUUCUUUACGAUCGGAGGAUGUUGCAUGACAGGGGCUGCGUUUGGGGCAAUGAAUGGUCUUCGGCUAGGAUUGAAGGAAACCCAGAACAUGGCCUGGUCCAAACCAAGAAAUGUACAGAUUUUGAAUAUGGUGACUAGGCAAGGGGCACUUUGGGCUAAUACUCUAGGUUCUCUGGCUUUGCUCUAUAGUGCAUUUGGUGUUAUCAUUGAGAAAACACGAGGUGCAGAAGAUGACCUUAACACAGUAGCGGCUGGAACUAUGACAGGCAUGUUGUAUAAAUGUACAGGUGGUCUUCGAGGGAUAGCACGAGGUGGUCUGACAGGACUAACACUUACCAGCCUCUAUGCACUAUAUAAUAACUGGGAGCACAUGAAAGGCUCCUUGCUCCAACAGUCACUCUGAAGAUUUUGCCAACUCAUGAAUGGAGGACACUUAGUAUCUAGAUCAUUUUAUAAGACAGUCUGGAGUUAUCCUCUCUCUCCUACCUACAAUUAGUUUGAAAAAUUGGAGAUUUUGAUUUGCUGUGAUGAAAAUCCUGGAUGGUUGACCAAGACUGGCACUUGUUCCAGCCAUUAGUGAGUUGAAGCCAAAGGCCUUUGGUGACUCACUGAGAACCAUGGUUCUCUUCUCCUCUGGAGAAGAUCUUGCACAUAUCUCUUCUCCUCCCCCAUGAACUAGAAAACCACUUACUCCCAGAAUUCAGGUCAUGCUUGUCAGUACUAUAUCACCAAGUCUGUUCAUUUAAUGAUCCAAAACUGUAAUGUUGCACUGUAUUCCAAAUAAAGGGUAAAAACAGAACUAAAGUUGUAACUCCAA